AUGUCAUCCACAAAACCGGUCCGCCAAUCAGCCCGCCAAUCAGCAAUCCGACAACAGGAGCUCGAGGCCGAACAAGAGGCCAUGCGUCAAAAGGCCAUUCGGGACGAGGCCAGAAAAGAAAAAGCCAGACAGGAGGCCGCCCUCCGGGAAGAACUUGCCCUUCAGGAGAAACUCCUUCAGGAACAAAUGAAGCGCGAAGAGGAAGAGAGUCGAUCUUCUAGGAGUUUGAGUCCUGCAUUGUCUGGAUCGUCGCUUAGUAGUGAUGAUGACGAUGAUUCGAUUAAGCAGGAGGAUGACGAGGACGAGGAGGAUGACGAGGAAGAGGACCACACAGACGGAGACUCAGGGGCUAAUGAGGUUCCUACGGACGGCUCAGACCUUCGGUCUAACUCGACAGUGGCGCUUAUCUAUGGGUUCUUGACAAAGUUCCGGUCUUUGCUUCGCCUGACCUGUCCGCUUCGCGAGAUCACGAUAGCAGAAAUUGAAUCAGGAUUGACGGCGACAGAAAGCAACAACUGCAUCGAGGAGAUCCAUUCCAACCUCCUGUCAAAUAUGCUGAACCGCAAGAAGUCUGUCGAUGCGACGACGUGGCAAAAAGUACUUUCUGAGACGCUGGACGCAAAGUUGAGGACUGGUGAACUGGAAUACGAUCAAAACCCCUUGCGGUACUAUGGCGACUACUACACUAUCCCCACCCCAGACAGAGCUCAGAUCCUCAAGGCAUUGAUCGAUUGGGUUCUUCAAGAGGGCUUGAUCGUUCGACAGGGAAUUGAGCAGGACAACGAGGUCUCACGUGUAGAGCCCUAUGGAUUCGACCAAGCAAGGCGUAUUUACUGGCACUUUGGACACGGAACGCUGAUGAUGUACAGAGAGACCAAGGGCGCCAAGAAGAGGAAACCAGUGUGGGAGACUGUCGCCACUAAUUUGGAGGAACUCAAACAGCUCGCCAAUAGCUUCGAAAAGACAGUAUCAAAGGCUGAGAAGGCGUUGCGCGAAAAGUUGCGUGUGGAGAUUAUCGAGCCCGAGGAGGAGAGAAUCGUCAGCGAUAAGCUGAAACAAGAGAGACAGGAGAAAAAGUUGCAGAGGAUCGCGGAAUUGCAUCAGCUGGCAGCUACCAGGACGACCAGGACUCGUUCUUCCAACCGGGUGAACGCACCAAAGUAUACAUUUGACGAUGACGAGGAUGAGUUCGAAGAAGACGAGUACGAAAUCUACCGAAGGCCGUCGAGUCGCAGACGGAUCCACCAGGACGGCGGAGACUUCAAACAGGAAGAACAUUCUCAAGACCCUCAACAGCAGAGCCAAGACUACAGCAUUGACCAAUCGAAUGGCCACCUUUACACACAGGAUUCGAUUGGAGGUGUUGAUAUGAGCCGUCGGUCCAGUUUGGGUCACGAGUCGGACUCGUCGAUCCGAGCAGCGCUACAGAGGACUCGUAUGGCUGACGGGGGAGCGGAUUCGGCAUCUGGCAGUGUUAACCAUGAGGACCAGGAUGGAGACUACAACUUUGUGGAAGAUCACGAUGACGACGAGCAUACCUCUGUUGUCUCAACACCUGCAAUGCCAGAGCAAGAGCCAGUACCUUUGCCUGUUGUAGUUGCACCUGUUGCAGCCCCAAUGGUUGUUACGCCUGUUGCGACUCCCAAGGAUAUCGCCCCUGCCGCCCCUGCCGCCCCUGUUGCCCCUGUUAUCCCUGUUAUCCCUGUUAUCCCUGUUGUCCCUGUUGUCCCUGUUGUCCCUGUUGCCCCUAUCGCUCCCGUCGCUCCUAUUGCUACGAUUGCACCCGUUACACCCAGUGCUCUUGUCGUGAGCAACGUUGACCAAGAUGUCGACAUGAACUGA